ACACUCCUGACCUGACAUGCAUUAGCUUGAUAGUUAGCUAACCAUUGGGUUGCGCAAGUUCUACUAGUUUUGUCAUUAAAAACAAGAAAAGGUACUUUGAGCCCUUGUCUAGCUAAGAGAGACUUGCUGCAGUGUUCUCCCCUAAUAAAUCCAAUUUAGCACAGAUUAAAUCGGAUUUUCGACAUGGAUAAAGAGAAUCUGUCCGUGGUGCUGCAUUCGCCUGGCGAUCUCAGAUUGGAACAUCGCCCUGUUCCUGAACCAGGUCCAAAUGAGGUGCUGGUGCAGAUGCACUCUGUUGGGAUCUGCGGCUCAGACGUGCACUACUGGCAGCACGGACGCAUUGGUAGCUAUGAGGUUAAGAAGCCCAUGGUGCUGGGGCACGAAGCCGCAGGACGCGUCAUAAAAGUGGGGUCAGGGGUCAAGCACCUCCAGCCAGGUGACAGAGUAGCGAUCGAACCUGGGGUGCCUCGCGAGAUGGACGAGUUUUUCAAAACUGGGCGGUACAACCUGUCCCCCACUAUCUUCUUUUGUGCAACACCUCCAGAUGACGGGAACCUCUCUAGAUACUACAAACAUAGUGCCAACUUCUGUUACAAGCUGCCUGACAGCGUGACCUAUGAGGAGGGGGCUCUGAUUGAGCCCCUGUCUGUCGGUAUCUACGCCUGCCGCAGGGCUCAGGUGACUCUGGGCAGCACCGUGCUGAUCUGUGGUGCAGGACCAAUUGGGCUGGUCUGCUUGCUGGUUGCCAAAGCGAUGGGUGCGUCACACGUGGCAAUCAGUGACCUGAUAGCAGAGCGUCUGGAAAUGGCCAAGGAGCUGGGUGCUGACUUCCUCCUGCAGGUGAAAAGGGGGGACACGCCAGAGGAGCUGGCCAAGAAGGUGGAGGGGCAGCUGGGCCGCCAGCCCCAGGCUACCAUCGAAUGCACGGGAGUAGAGAGCAGUAUCCAGACUGCCAUCUAUGCGACCCGACGUGGUGGUGUGGUGGUUCUGGUUGGGUUGGGCUCUGAGAUGGUGACCGUUCCCCUCCUCAGUGCUGCCCUCAGAGAAGUGGACAUCAGAGGAGUCUUCCGCUAUUCCAACACGUGGCCAGUGGCAAUCGACAUGUUGGCCUCCAAGCAGGUCAAUGUGAAACCCCUGGUGACGCACCGAUUCCCCCUGGAGGAGGCCGUGCAGGCCUUCGAGACCACACGCCAGGGCCUGGGGGUCAAAGUCAUGCUCAAGUGUGACCCAAAUGACCAGAACCCGUGAGCAAGAACAUAGAGUGGUCAUCCUACCGCAUACAUAGGGCCUUUGGAUGUGACACUUGAAAUUCCAAGCUUUAAAUUUUCCCCACUGUAGCUCUCUCCUUAAAAAUCCAUAAAAACUCCUUACGUAAAGUAGCCAAAGGUUUUAUUGAACCAUGCCAUGCUGUGGGGUGAAGAUGUGAAAUCAAACUUUGACGUUGCAAAAAACCUGAGUCACCUGCCACCUUAGUAGUUAAACCGCAUACUGUAAGCAGGAAAACAGCAGUCGCCUGAUUACAACAAAUAAGCUCUUAUAUAUAAACAAAUCAGGAUUUAAGUUAAGAUGUGUGUUCUACUUGGAAAUAUUGGGACAUUUCAGUGACUGAAUGUAUUUGGGGGCACUUGUUUCCUAGGAAAGCAGGCCAUAAUCCGGCAAUGUUUUUUCACGUAGGCACUCUUCAAUCAGGGACUUUUUCUGACUUUUGGACUCCUUCCAAGACUUCCUUAUGGUCAGGCAAGCAGGAAACGGUCUAUUAUAUGCAAACUCUUUCAGAAAAAGAGGUGGGGAUGGUUAUUUGCUUAGUUUCCUUUCUAUGAUUAUCUAUGAGAAGCCAACGCACCAUUCAUUUGUUAUAUAGCCUAGUUUGUUGAAAACUUCUUUUAGGGCAUGGGUUGGUAAUUCUUUAUUUGCUUAGUUUCACCAUGCCCCAUUAAGAAAGAAAGCCUAACAAAUAAAUGAAUAAUAGCUUAUGCAUUCCAUGUUGUCUGAUUCUUUGGUUGUUGCCAUUCAGUAUAAGUGAGGCGUGUAACAACGCAUUAUGUAAUAACAUCGCAUUAUGUAAUAACUCGACAAAAUGUAAUACAUUUUUACUUCAUUAUGUAAUAACACCCUCGUUUUAUAAUAAUCUGCCACAUUUUGUAAUUUCAGCCUUACUGUAUGUAAUAACCAACCAAAAUGGAUGUCUUUAUUCAUAAAAAAUCAUUAUAACAACAAAAUUAAUUAAAAAAAAAAUACAAUUAAUUCAGUAGAUUAGUAGUAUCUUUCAUUUGUCAAAACUACAUCAAGUGUCACUGUAUUCCUUAGCUUAAUUGAAACUGUACUUGAGGGUUCAUAGAAACAUAGAAACUGCAUGACAUUGAGUGUUAUACUGACACAAACAUCUCAGUACUGGUACACACAGGAGACACACACACGUGCAUACAUGUGUGCACACGCACACACAAACAAACAAACAUAGAUGAACAUGCACACACUCUCGACUCUUGCUUUUUAUUAUGUGGAGCACUUUUUUUGUUUGUUUUUGUUGCCAAAUUGGUUUUGGAGCAGUGAGAGCAGUGAGCACAGCUUAUAGUUUAAUAAACAAUUGAACUGAA